UCAUCGAAAUGCGCCAUUUCCGUCUCGAGGAAAAAGAAAACGACAUUGAAGAAAGGUACUCUCGAAGGAUCUUCCGAGAUAGAAAUCGGUUCGUCGUUUCUUUGCGAUUUCACGAACAAUAUAGCUGGUAAUCGAGUGAUCUGUCGAUGAACGGGUAAACGUUAUCGUGCGCGUGAUUAAGAGGUUCGACAUUGUAAAUGAAAGUGUCGCAGCACCGUGUGUACAGUGUACGUGAUACGAGUCUCAAACUCGAUCCGUUUUAGUGCGAUAGAAUUAUUCGUUUCGAGGAUUUGGCCACAUUAGGUUAGAGAAACACCGAAAUACCGUCCGGUUAAUCGGGGAAGUGUCGUUCGUAACAACUGUUGGUUUGCGAGAAGUGGCAAAAGUAUAUAAUUCUCGAACGAAAAAAAAAGGGGAGUGUGAAUAAACCAACGAGAUUCUCGAAAUCGUGUGUCUAGCUGUGUGUACCAGCCGGAGCUGUCAUAAAUGUACACAUUCUAUAUAGAUUGCACGAUCUAUGCUCGGUUAGUGGGCCGAUUUACUGGAGACAAGUGAUCGUGUCUGACGCGCGGCAGUGAAUUGACAUUAAUCAUCGUCGCGCGGUGUUGUGCACCCAUCGACCAUCUAAAGAACUUAGUGCCGCAUUUCUAUCCGACAGCGAGUUUCCUCACGCAGCAGUUUAAGCACCGAAGAUUCGAGUUUUUCAUUUUGCCAGGUGAUCAUGGCUAAUCGGGGUACAGCCCAGAGGCCAAAUGGUUCGACUCAAGGGAAGAUUUGUCAGUUUAAGCUGGUGCUGCUUGGAGAAUCUGCAGUUGGAAAGUCAAGCCUUGUUUUGAGGUUUGUUAAAGGACAGUUCCAUGAGUAUCAAGAAAGUACUAUUGGAGCUGCAUUUUUAACACAAACAGUAUGUUUGGAUGACACAACUGUCAAAUUUGAGAUUUGGGACACAGCAGGACAGGAGCGUUAUCACAGUCUUGCACCAAUGUAUUAUCGAGGUGCACAGGCUGCUAUUGUUGUGUAUGAUAUAACAAAUCAGGACACAUUUGUACGUGCCCAAACGUGGGUGAAGGAAUUGCAACGACAAGCCAGUCCAAGUAUAGUUAUAGCAUUAGCUGGGAAUAAAGCGGAUCUUGCUAAUAAAAGAGUUGUAGAAUUUGAUGAAGCUCAAUCAUACGCGGAUGAAAAUGGUCUUCUUUUUAUGGAAACUUCAGCAAAAACAGCAAUGAAUGUUAAUGAUAUAUUCCUGGCAAUCGCUAAGAAACUUCCAAAGAACGAGCAAUCGGGAAGCGCAAGUACAAGUGGGCAAGGUCGUCGAUUAGUCGAGACAGAAGGACAAAAGGCAGCAACUGGCAAUUGUUGCAAGUGAUUAUCCAAAUCUGUACGUGUCAAAUAUUACGUUGGUAUAUAUUUUUAUAUUAGUUAAAAUUUGUCACGUUUGUGAUCAACAAUGGUGGGAAACAUAAUAACAUUUAAGGAGUCACAAAAUAAUUGAUAUACGCAGAUAUGUUAUGAGUCUAACGUUCAGUAUAAUAAUACAUUAUGUCUACGUAUUUUUAUAAUGCAACAAUGUAUAAGGAGAAGGGACCGAUGGUCUUGCAAUGACAACAGAUUUGAUAUUAAGUAGGUUACAAAUUUGCAAUUCAUGGCUAUUUCAUGCAAAAUUUUGUAUUAGUAUUAUGAAAUAUCUGAGUAGAUAUUGCUGUAGUAUAUUUCUUGUUACGUUUAAUAUUUUUAUUGCAUGUACUCCUGAUUUAUUUCGAUCAUUAUAUUUAUUAAAUAAGUGAACAAAGGACACGCGAAUAUCAAAAGUUGGAUCAGUGUUCUUUUUUAAAAUCUAUAUUUGAUGUAUAAAAUAAUUGAUACUUCAGAGGGAAAAAAGAAUUAUGCAUAAACAAAUUUUUUUUAUAAAUAUAUACUGCGAAUUUAUGUUCGACGUUACCAGAAAAAAAAAGGAUUUUUUUCACUAAUUAAUGAAAUUUCUUAUAUAAACGAAAUAUAAACACGUUUGUCUAUUUGCAAAUUUGUUUACAGAUUUGUUUUUGCACAGUCUUAUAAUGAAUUUAUCAAUUCCCAAUGUUUUGGCAUUUAAUAGAGUUCUUUUUUCAAAGAAAAUAAUAAUUAUUUAUAUAAGACUUUCCUUGGAUAAUUAUUGUAUUUCACAUAGCUUGGACUAACUAUCGCAGUAAAUAAUAAUGCACAGUCUAAGGAUUUUAUAUUUUCUUUGUAAACCUUUAAUAUGACUCUUUAUUCUAUACUUUUCUUUGAUCACUUGUGUGAUUGUUGCAAAAUGUUUGUCAUACAUCUACAGUUGUAUUUGUAGCAAAUACCUUCUCUGUUUUAUAUGUUAUAUGUUGAAAUUUGCAGGAUUCUGCCGCGAGGUAGUGAUGCUUGUAUUGUGCUUACAAAUAUUAUAACUCUUCUUACUACUUUUAUUUUUUUUUAAUUUUCAUUCAAUUAAUAUCUACAUAACACUUAUUUUUAAAAUAUGAAUUAUACAGUUCUAUAUUCAAUGCAAGAGAGUAAACAAUCCUUGUAAUAUAUUCACAACCUUGUUACUGUAAAUCUUAAAGUGACAUUAAAGGAAACGUUAAUUUCUUACUCAACAGUUGAGUCUAUUAAUUCAAUGAAUGCAGCUGUAAAUACUUCGACAAACACCUUUAUCUGAACAGUGUAUAAUUUAAUAUAAAUAUAUUUCGUACAUUUUUUCAUUAUUUUAUACAUUUCACCUUUUGCAGUUGUUAUUAAUAUUCUAUUAGUGCUACUCGUUGUUUAAAAGCAUUACUUUUAGAUAGUACAUUUCGUAAAUAUUCCCAUGUUGCAGAGUAGUUUUGCAUUUCUAUUGGUUUAUAGUUAGAGGUUAAUUAAAAUCGAAAUGUACAAACAUGCUUUUCGUUACACUUGUUUAUUUUGUAUUUAAACGUAAGCGCUGAGGUUUAAACAAACUAUUGUUUACAAGACAUAUUUGAAUGUAAUGUACAAUUAGUUACCACAGGUUUUCGAAUGACAAAGGAUAAUUAAACGAUACAAGUUCCUAUUAUUAUACUGAAAUAUAAAAGUGUUGUCUCUUUUUACAAA